AUGUUUAGCAGUAAACCCCAUGGAUUGUACAAAGUUCCGCUUUCAAUUAUAUGCAUAGUUCAUGGCAUAAUGAUAAUACACUGCAUAUAUAACUGGAAAACCGAUCAUGUGCAGUUUGUUCCUUUAGUGAUCUCUUGCAUCUUCUUUAUGCUGCUCGAUAUAAAGUGCUUCAUGUGCGAAAGCCUUGAGUAUCUUAUAUGUGUGUUUAUGCUGCAUAUAUUAAAAGUGCUUAUUCUUCUUUUCUACUCAUGCACGCGCACACCAAUAGUGGCAAUUCUAUUUUGGAAUAGCAUGCUAAAGAUUCUUUCAUAUGUGAUUUUAAUUUACUGCUACUCUCCUCUGUUUAGGCAAAAUUUGUACUUUAAGUAUACCUGGGGAGAGACAAGGCCCGCGUUUUUGUUUGAAGAGUCCUUUCUGCAGGCUUUUAUAGAGAUAAAGAUCGGCUGUCUUAUUUUCCAUAAAUUUUCGUGCUUUCUAUACAAGCUAGAGCGCGGAGUGUGUGCGUUUUCUCUGUAUAAUAUUAUGAACCUUACCGCUCUUAUCUCCAUAUAUAUCCACAUGGGUUUUUACGCAAAGACAUCAAACAUGGCUGUAUACUUCUGUAUUUUUUCCUGGAUAGGCUAUAUAUUGUGCUAUGAAAUAGUUCCAUUCACUGCUUAUUUCUUUGAUCCAUGUGGAAGCUGCAAUAUAAUGGUUAGCUUCUACAGAAAUCUUCAUAUCCUUAAUCUAAUCGUUGUAGUUCUUAUUCUUGUAUACCGAAUUUUUACAGCAUAUCUGAAUAAAGAUGCCCCUGCAAACAUCGUCUCGUACUCUUUGCUUAGAAGAGCAAUUGAGUAA